AUGUUGCCUGGAAAGACGACUAUCGAAUGUCGUACACAAGACCAGGACGAGCGUGCAGCACCCUUCCAAGACCCUAACGAUUCUGGAAUUCGUGUUAAAAAGAAGAAGAAAAGCUUAGUAGCACGCACCCAGUGUGUUGAAGACGAGCAACAAGAAAAUAAGAAGGUACAAACGAAACUUGCUGAAGCCAUGAAAGCACAAGCGAAACCUUCAGAGGAAAGAAAGGUCCAUACGGCGCAACCUCCAGAAGCAAAGAAGGCACAGGCGCUGAAACCUCCAGAAGAAAAGAAAGAAAAGAAGCCAGCAAAGUCAUCCCUUCCUGCGGAACACUCGGAGACCGGCAUGCUCACUAACGAUGGUGAUAAUUCGGGCGAAAGGAAGAAAAGCAGAAGCACCGCCAUCAGAAACAGGUGGAAUGGAUACUACUGGAUUCGCUGCAGAGGUUCCACAACCAGCGGCUAUGAAAGUCCAUUGAAUCUUUCCGUAAGUUCAUGA